AUGUUGUCCCAUACAAUGUAGGCCAAUCUACAUAUCACAGUUCCUUUUCUCUGUCUCGCUCUCUCUCUCUCUCUCUCUUGCCAAACUUUUCUCUGUAAUACAAAUUCUCUCUUCAUCUUCUGCUAUCUGCAAAACCCUCUUACAAGGAACCUCUAAAAAAUUCCUCAUUUUCCCUAGAAAAAUCCCUUUUUCUUGUUCUUGUCCCCGAAUCCCAUUCAAUCAUUUUCGCACCUCUUCGCUCUGAAGGCUCUUUGAUGUUGUCUGCAAAUUUAGGUUUAUGUUUGAAGCUGGGUUUUUGCUGUCUACUUUUGGAUUAUGUGACAUCUGUGUUUCGAUAGGAAGAUGUCAAUUUUUCCCAAAGGCGAUUCUGUUAUUAUCCGAGAAGUAUGGAGCGAUAAUCUUGAAAGGGAGUUUGAAUUAAUUCGUGAUAUUGUUGAUGAUUUUCCUUACAUUGCUAUGGAUACUGAGUUCCCUGGUAUUGUACUGCGUCCGAUAGGAACUUUCAAAAAUAUUUUUGAGUAUAACUAUCAGACUCUUAAGGCAAAUGUUGAUCUCUUGAAGCUAAUUCAAAUGGGUCUUACAUUCUCUGAUGAGAAAGGAAACUUACCUACCUGUGGAACAGAUAAGCACUGUGUAUGGCAAUUCAAUUUCUGCGAGUUUAAUCCCAAUGAAGAUGUCUAUGCUAACGAUUCUAUUGAACUGUUAUCUCAAAGUGGCAUUGAUUUCAUUAAGAACUUUGAAAUGGGUGUUGAUGCUAAUAGGUUUAGUGAACUGCUAAUGUCUUCGGGGAUUGUUUUGAAUGAUAGUGUUCAUUGGGUUACAUUUCACAGUGGGUAUGAUUUUGGAUACUUGCUAAAGCUGCUUACUUGCAAGAAUCUACCGGACACUCAAGUGGAAUUCUUUAAGCUGAUCAAGUUGUAUUUUCCAGUGCUUUAUGAUAUUAAGCAUUUGAUGAAAUUCUGCAAUAGCCUUCAUGGUGGGUUGAACAAGCUGGCAGAGUUGUUGGAAGUGGAGAGGAUUGGCAUUUGUCACCAGGCGGGUUCAGAUAGUUUGCUUACUUCUUGUACAUUCAUGAAACUGAAAAUGAAUUUCUUUAAUGGCUCACCUGAGAAAUAUGCUGGUGUUUUGUAUGGUCUUGGUGUUGAAAAUGGGCAGAAUGCUUAUUGAAAGAAAAUGGGGAAAAUCAAAUAAAAGUAGACAAAAAAAAGUUUUUGUUAGUCUACAA